UUAGCUAUAGCUAUUAUUUAUUACGGAUAAAUUCUGUAUUAUUUCAUAUUAAAAUGUUAAUUGGUAUUAAUCACAACAUUGUGAAUUGUGGUUGCAAAUCGUGCGCAUUUUAGAACACAUAAACAGUGGUGGUUGUUCAAAAUACUAAUAAUGAAAGUUAUUACUAAGCGUUAACAGUGAUUCACACCUAUUUGUUUAUUAUUGCUUAUUAACUUUAAAAGCAUAACUUAAGUUAAAGUUACAAGGAGGCAAAGCAAAUAUUUUUGUUAAUAAUGACCUCAAUUUUUGAAAGGCAUUAUAAAGAAGGAUCGAAAGUGUAUAAAUGUGGAGAGUAUGCUACUAAGGUUUCAUCAAGUUUAAACCAUUUUAGAAGCAAUGGAAGAUUUUGUGACCUAGAAUUAAUAUCUGGAAGAACUAAAGUUCAGGCUCAUCGCGUAGUUUUAGCUGCCAGCUGUGAAUACUUUGAUGCUAUGUUCAAUGUAGGGCUAGAAGAGAGCUUAAAUGGCAGAGUUAUGCUACAUAGUGUACCUCCUUCAAUAUUACCCUUGAUUAUAGAUUUUAUAUAUACAGGUGAAAUUGUAAUAGAUAAAGGUUCAGUACAGAACCUACUUAUUGCUGCUGAUAUGUUGCAGUUGAGAGAGCUUGUAGUAGGAUGUGGAGAAUUUUUAAAGAGAGAGCUUCAUCCCACAAAUGCUCUCGGUAUAUUUAGGUUUGCAGAAACACACAAUUGCAUGGAAUUAGCUGAAGAAGCUCUUGCACAUGCGCAGGCACAUUGGGAUCUUGUAGCAAAUGGUGAUGAACUCGUAGAACUACCCUUACAGCAGUUGGUAAAACUACUAUCAUCGGAACAACUGAAAGUGGAUAAUGAGGCACAGGUACUAUAUCCAGCGCUGAAGUGGUUGGAGCAUGAUCCAGCCACUCGCAGAAGGCACUGUUUCGAGGUUCUCAGCCAUGUGAGACUGCCUCUAAUAUUACCACAAGUAUUGGAUAUCGCUAUCAAAAAUGUACAGGACCCAUCAAUAGCAGUUGCACUAAAAACAGUUGGACUUGAUAUGAAGUCUGGCCGUGGUGCAUUAGUGUCUUUGUCUGCGGAGCCCCGGGCUCGCGCCCGUCGCUUAUUGGUGGUCGUCGGCGGCUCCUGUCACAACACGGCACAGCAUCCUCCACUCACUACGGAUAAUAUUCUUUUUUCCGCACUUAAAUUUGAUCUUCACAAAAGAAAAUGGGAAGAUAUGUCAGCCAUGGGGAUAGCCCGGAUCCAACCGGGGGUGGCGACGUUGAGAGGAAAAGUUUACGCCGUAGGUGGAGAGCAAGGCAGCAAAAUACUUGCUAACGGGGAAGUGUUCGAUCCACAGACAGAGAAAUGGUCGGACAUCGCGCCUAUGAAAGAGGCCCGUUGCGAAUUCGGUAUGACGGCGUGGGACGGGCGGCUGUACGCGUUCGGCGGCUGGGUCGGCUCGGACAUGGGCUCCUCCGUCGAGGUGUACGACCCGGUCACCGACGAGUGGACCCUGGUGGGCUACAUGCCCGAACCGCGCUUUGGAAUGGGUGUCGUUACCUUCGAAGGAUUAAUAUACGUAGUGGGCGGGUGUACCCACACGUGGCGCCACACCCGCGAUCUGUUGAGCUACGACCCGCGCACGCGCGAGUGGCGCUCGCUGCAGUCGAUGCGGAACGCGCGAAGCCAGGCGGCCGCGCUAGUGCUUGACAAUUACCUGUACGUCGUAGGCGGGAACGCACCGCGCCGAACGGUACUUUCGUCCGUUGAGAGAUACAGCUUUGAGGAAGAUAUAUGGGAAGAUAUGGGAAGCCUGAGAGAAGGUCGAGCUGGGUGUGCGGCCGGCGCGGCCGAGGGAGUCAUUAUAGUGGCCGGAGGUGACAGCGAGAGUGGAGGGGAGAGGACCUUCUACCGUGCGAGAACCACGCUCGACUCGGUGGAGAUCUACGUCCCUUCUGAGGAUCUGUGGAAAGCUGGACCUCCCAUGCCUCACUCCAGGGCUGAAGCCGGAUCGGCGCUGCUCUGACACGAUGAGAUACUUGCAAUCAGGUAAUGUCAUCGUAAAGGCAUUCGAAAAGAACUGAUAACAAUUAGGAUUUCUGUAGUAAUCUAGCGACUUUGACAUUCACUCCAGUAUAUAAUCGAUAUAAUAAGUACAGAUUACGCGUGAGUUGAAUGCAGAGUUUAGGAAUGCGAUAGUGCUGUGAUCUAAUUAUAACUGAUGACGAUAAUCAUGAGUGUGUCGAAUAUAUAAUAUAAUUAACAAUGGUUUGAGUUUACCAUUUUACUCUUGGAUAAAAAAAAAUAAAAAUUAACAAAUUUAUUUAAAAUAUAAAAAUUCAUAAAAUAUUUUUUAUCAAAUUCUUGUCAAAUUGGGAGAUGGCAUAAAAGGCAUUUUCUCAAAAUUGAUUCCUUUAGAAUUCUUUUUGAUGUCAUUUCUAAUAUGCUAGACUCUACUACCGCUUCGGAAACAAAUGGCGCUCUGAGUGAGAAGAAGCAGCGCAAGCAACUCUCCCGGCUUCUUUUUUUGAGCUCUCUUUAAUAAAAUAUACAAUAUUGUACUUUCAUUGCUAUAAAAUAAUCAUAAUCUAGUUCCAGGCUGUCGGAUCACUUAGAUUUUCAGCUGUGGAGUAAUAGGAUUUACGACAGAGCCAUUUUCUAAUAAGACAUUUAAAUUUAUUUAUAGACAAUGCAGGAACAAUGGCUGAGACUUUAUUAUAAAAGUGUACACAUUAACCCUUAAAACUAUUAUGUAUCUUAUGAAGUACUAGUAUUAGUUACAAGCAAUCCCUUAUUUGUAGUGUUAUACUCCCCGACUGCAUUCAACUCACGCGUACUUUUAAUAUUUUCACGUUUUAAACAACUGUUUAAUAUCAUCCAUCUCGGUGUAUUCAUUUGUUUCAUAAAGUGGCACUUCUACUUAUAAUGUUAAUUGAUGAAUUACAAAUAGGAAAUAUUUUAUAUUUUUAUACAUCUUUACCAGAGUACUUCAUACAUUUGUCUUGACUGUGAACACCAUUUAAUAGUGAGUUUGAUAUUAUCUAGAUAUUGCUUGAUAUAUGAAUAUAAUUUAAUGCGUAAAAAUUUAUGAAGUGAAUCAAUUUAAGAAGUGAAAUUUAAUGCUAAACUAUCACAAUCCCAAUUUUAAUAUUAACAUAAUAUUCAAAUGACAUACAAGAGAUUCAUUUUUUUUCAUUAUUACAACUAAAGACACACUUAUUAAGAAAACGCAUGGCUACAAAACUUUAUCAAGGCGCAGUUACUAAUGCGAAGUACUUCUUGUAGUAUGCCCACCAAGCGGUUAACCCUAAAGCUACGUUCACACGGAGUCACAUUUUGCCGGAUCUUAUUUUCAUCGGAUCUGGCAAAACCGAAUGUUGUGUACACUCGGCAUAUCUUG